AUGAACGCUGACAACUUAAAAACUCUGCCAACAUCGUUUGAAGACAUCAAUUCAAGCCUAGAGUAUAUUUAUAACUCCUUUAUCACUCUAUCGAGUUUAAAUGUUUUCUUAGCCAUCACUGCGACUCUAGGAAAUACUUUGAUUUUCCUCGUUCUUGGAAAGAACUGUGGUCUUCAUGCACCGUCGAGGCUAUUAAUCCGCUCUCUGGCGUUUACAGACCUCUUUGUUGGUCUCAUUUCUCAGCCAUUAGCUGCUCUUCACGCCAUUUCUAUUCUGACUAAACAUUUGGCGAUAUUUCGAUUCACGUUGUUAUCGAGUUAUAGCACAAGUGCAAUUUUAAGCGGAGUGUCUCUCUUCACUCUAACCUUCCUAAGCAUCGAUAGAUUGCUAGCUCUGUCGCUUGGAGUACGAUACAGAGAAACAGUGACCAUUGGGCGAGUCCGCGCUUCUGUGAUUUUUGGUUGGGUGUUCAAUAUCACGAACGGAUUGCUAAGCUUUCUGCCGGAAAAUAGAUUUGUCUUCAACAUUGUUUGUGUGGCGAGCAUUUCUCUUUGCGUGGUAAUAUCGUCCAUAUGUUACAUCAAAAUCUACUAUAUUCUCCAUCAACAACAAAGUAAAGUUCACGCCAGUUCUUCUCAUGCACAACCAAAUGAAAGCUCUCCGCUGCACUUCGAACGAUACAAGAAAACAGUUUCAAGUGCGCUGUGGGUUUACUUCACAUUGUUAGCGUGUUAUCUACCGUUUGGUGUAGUUUCGGGGCUGAAGGCCAUAACUGGAGACACUCUCCCAGUCGCCGAGGGAUUCACUGCGACUUUAAUCUUCUUCAAUUCAUCGGUGAACCCUGUUCUUUAUUGUUGGCGAAUCAGGGAAGUGAGAAAAGCUGUGAAAGAAACCAUCAGGCAAUACUGUGGUUUUUCAAGUGGAGCCCGGAGUGAUAGAGUGGUAAAAGUUAAGAAACGCAAAGUUAAUCUUGACAGCCUUGUAACUGAUGUCGCAAGGCAAUAUGCUGGCGAUCGAAACGUCGACACUCCAAGUUCAUGGACGAAAGGGGACUAA